GAGAGUAGGAGGGGGGGGGGGCGUGAUGUGUUUGGGGGAGGGCCUCCAUCAUUUAGAGAAGUGACCAGUUCCUGGUUUACCAGUGAAGAAGAAAGAGAGGCAGCGUUAAACCAUCAGAUCCUCCAACAUGAACGUGGGUCAGUCUCUGAUCUGCUUCUUCUUCCUCACACUGCAGGAUGGAAACAUCGGUCUCAUCAAUGCAGAAAUCAUCCAGAGAACAGGAACUGAAGGAGGAGACAUCACAAUUAAAUGCACCUUCAGUAUAUUUGGAAACACAAAAAUCUUCUGUAAGGAUGAAUGUGAAGACGGAGACAUUCUCAUUGAGACAGAAAAGGACACAGAUCACAGAGGCCGAUACAGUAUUGAAUAUAUAAAGAUUUCAACAUUUUCUUAUGUUCUGUAUGUGAGCAUCAGAAACCUGACUCAGUCUGACUCAGGACGGUACAGAUGGGGUUUGGUUAGAUCAUUCUCAUCAUCAUACUGUGAGAUUGAGCUCCGAGUUCCAGAGGCUCCAACCUCUCCUCCCAGACCUUCUCCACCAUCAGUCCCAUCAUCCUCCACACUGAUGACAUCACAGAGUUUCAGCUCCACACCUUCAUCAUCCUCCUCACCUUCAUCAUCCUCCCCUGAAGCCAGCGAGCCUCGAAAGAAACCCCAGCUUCAGCCAGAGAACUCUGCUGUAUGUGGUUCUGCCUCUGGUCCUCCUGGUCCUCAUAUUAUCAGCAGCUUUGCUGAUUUUCUGCAGGAAGAGAGACAAGAAACCCAAAGGAGACGUUUCCAAAGAGGAGACUCAUCUACAGCAACAGAGACAGAAGAGACGAGGUCCAUUCUUGGAGACUCUGUAACCACAGUCAGUAUGAAGGACCAGAGGUUCACAGGGACCGUCCACACCGUCCAGACAGCAUGA